AUAUAGAUCAAAUGUAAAUGAUUCACAAUCUUAUAUGUCUAAAAAUACUGUAAAACAAAUUCGUCAAAUUUUAAAUACUUUAUCUUUAAUUAGAAAUCAUUCACCUGAAAGUCCUGAAGGCUUUUAUGACCAAUCUUUGUUGGUGUCUAAUAAUAUACCACCUUUUUCAGAAAGAAAUUAUUCACUUGAAAGUACUCAUAAUCAACAUUUACCAGCAUUUAACAUCACCCUAUUGCUCUUAAGUAGAAUCUAG